UCUUGUUAUCAUUAAAACGAAAACAGUUUUUCACAGUUCUCCGCUUUCCUGCUCCGUUCGGUUGUUUAAUCGGUUUCGUGUGCCAGUGAAAGUUUGUAAUCACACAUUCCGUAACAUAAUCUGUUGAAAAAUACCCUUACUCCAGUGAUGGAAUCUCAAAGGAACCGUCUUGUGAAGACGUAUUAGGAAUUAUCUGUGUCUGUGUUGUUUUUUUCUUAUGUUUUGCUGUGUGUGAUCAAUGUAGAUAAUAUUGCUGUGCUGUGAUCGUGUCGAAAUAGAAGGAAAACCUUCAAAGGAAACCAGGAAAAAAGAACGGUUCCCGGGUGUGUUUCUGUGUGUGUAGGUUCUUAUCGCAUUUUCAUCGCUGGGUGUCUCGUGAUCGGUGAGGCGGAAAACGUGACGUGUUUUCCUCGGUUUUGCCCGAUGCACACACACGCAUGACGUUGGAAUGCAAGGUGCAGUACAGGUGCACUCGUCACUGAUGCAACAGCGCACCGUUCGAGAAGUGUUUGUGCCAGUGCAAUCGAGUCAUCGCCAUCGGUUGCUUCGCUUCGUACCAGCUCCGACACAGUAGACGAAUCGUGCUGGGAAUUACGCUCAUCCGGGAAGGCAAAGUCCAGCGGCGCACUGAACCCUAACAGAAUAAAACGUGCCCGCCGGUCCGCCACCGCUGCACCGUCUGCACGCACCCUCGGGGCGACACGAUAAUGAUAAGCCGCAGUGCGGACCGUUGCUGGAAUUGUAUUUGCAUUCAGUCGUGUGCCAGCCGCGCGUAGGGAAAGAUUACAACGUGCUCGUCAUCCUUCGUCACCGUUCGUCACCAUCCGAAACACAAUGGAACAGCAACAACAGCAGCAACAGGAACCGGAAUGUGUCGUCCCGCUAACAAGUGGCGCCACUUGUUCCGAGGAGCAACAGAGCUUGAUGCUGUUCGACACGCUGAUCGAUCUGUGCCGCAACAACAUCACGUACUUCGAGAGUGAUGAAACGGAAACCGGUUUACGGCUGCACGGCGCAUUCGUCGGGCUGAUCGAUCACAUCGAGAUGGCCAAACCGCUCGUCCGGACGGUGCAGGGUUUCAUGCACGAGUAUGACUUCGAUCCGACCGUACCGGGCAACGGGUUCCGUAGCUUCCUGUACGUGGUGGAGUGUUGCGUGAAGACGGCGCUCAAGCUGGCCCGCUACGUGAUGGAAAACCGCAGCACGAUUCUCUUCCGGAAGGCGCUGUACGUGAAGGAGGUCGAAGCGUACAACCAUCUGAUGGCGAGCCUCUGCACCUGCCUGCAGCACGCGCAAACGUUGCGCGAAUGGACCCGCGAGUCGGGCGACCUUUUCCCGGACGAAUCGCACUCGGUCGAGGAACUGUUUGCCCACGGUGGCAUUAUUAAUCAGUACUGCUUUUACGGGCGGUGUCUGGGGUUUCAGUUUUGCGAUUCCAUUAAACCGCUGCUCAAGUUCAUCUCGAUCGGCAUGGCGGGAUUCUCCGAGGGUUACUACUCGGAGGGCGGUCGCAUCUCGAAAGCGACCAGCCUGAUGUACACGAGCACCAAGUACAUGCUCGAUCCGGAGCUGCGCGCCCGGCGAAUCGUGAACAUUUCGCAAAACUCCAAUGUGGACUUUUGCAAAGCGUUCUGGUUUUUGGCCGAAUCGGAGAUGAUGCACUCGCUGCCAUCGAUCGUCGGCUUCAAGGUGAAGGUGAACCGGGUGAUAACGAUCCCGCCGGAACCGAUACAGCUGAAGCUGGGCGGUGGAUCGGCGGAGGAAGACACCUUCGUGGACAUACCCAUCCCGAAGAGCCACGGGGGAGCGGCCCCCAUCAAGGCGCGGCUCAUAUCGGCCGUCAAGCGGAAGGGCAUGAUUGGCGAGCGAAGCAACUCGCAGCGGAGCACCAUCUAUCCGGCGUCGCGCGGCCUGCUGUUCCACUGUCACGGUGGUGGCUUUGUGGCCCAGAGCUCGAAGUCACACGAAUCGUACCUGCGCGAAUGGGCCGUCACGCUGAACGUACCGAUCCUGUCGAUCGAUUACAGUCUCGCACCGGAAGCACCGUUUCCGCGUGCGCUGGAGGAAGUGUUUUACGCGUACUGCUGGGCACUGCGCAACUGCGAGCUGCUGGGGACGACGGGCGAACGGAUCAUACUGGCUGGCGAUUCGGCCGGCGCUAAUCUUAACCUGGGCUGCGCGAUGAAAGCGAUCGAGCUGGGCAUCCGGCGUCCGGACGGGAUCUUUAUCGCGUACUGUCCGGUGCUGAUCAGCUUCGUACCGAGCCCGGCACGGAUGCUCUGCCUGAUGGAUCCGCUGCUUCCGUUCGGCUUUAUGAUGCGCUGUCUGAAGGCGUACGCGUGUCCCAGUUUGGAGGUGUUGGAAGAAAACCGGAAGCGUCACGAGCAGCGGCAAGCGAUCGUAAAUGCCGGGCAGCAGAUGCGCAACAAUAAUGUGGCCGUAAUGGUGCCGGGCAGUGAGAGAAAGGAUGAGCAGGACAGCAAAACACCGGAUCGGUCCGAUUCGGGUGAUGAUAACUCGAUGUGGGAGCAGCUGAACAGCGCCAACACGGUACAGCUUCAGCAUCAGCAUCUCAGCCCGGUAAGCGACACGGCUAGCGAUACGCUGGCGCUCAAGAGCCAAUCGCUCGGGAACACUAUCGACAUCAUCAGCCCGGACGAGAGCAACACCAUCACGUCGCUGGAGGAAGACUCGCAGCCCAUCACGCUGCAGCAGGUCAAUUUGAAUACGGAGCGCAGCAACGUGACCGUGGUGGACGAUUUGGACAUGGAUAUGCCGAGCGACCUUAGCUCGGAGCAAAACACGAACCAGAACGUUUCCAACUUUAUCAAUAGCUACGUCCUCGACACGACCACCAAUGCCGCUGGUGAGCUGGAACCGAUCCUUCGUCCCGUGUCUCGCUCGCAGUCGGAGGAGAACAUUGUGCUGGAUAUUGGCCGGGAAGCGAUAAGCGUACAGAAUCUACAGGAACGGGUGACGACAGCGGCGAGCAACUUUGUGAGCAAAGUAUCGAACACGUUCACCAGCAUAACGGCCUCGAAGCCGAUCGCUGGCGGCGGUUCACAGAACGAGCUGCAGACGAACCUGGACGCGCUGAUCGCCCGCAGCCCGUCCGAUGAGUUUAUUUUUCACGUGCCGAAAGAUUCCCACCUAUCGCCGUACUGGGCGUCCGAUGCGGUGUUGAGUCAAUUUCCACCAACCAAGAUUUUAACCGUCGUGCUGGAUCCGUGUCUGGAUGACUGUGUGAUGUUUGCCAAAAGACUGAAGAGCUUAAACCGGUCCGUUUCGCUUGAUAUUCUGCCCGGGUUGCCGCAUGGCUUCCUGAACUUUGCCACCAUCUCCAAAGAGGCACACGAGGGUUCGAAGCUGUGCGUGCAGCGCAUUGCCGAGCUGCUCGAAAUACCGACCACGCUGGACGAUCCGGGCACCAAGCAGGGCUGCUGUUAGCGAACAUGUUGGUAACGGUGCUGCCGCACGCUGUGGCCCUGCUUUUGCUACGGUCGUGGUGGCCGUUGACUGAUGGAGACGUUCGUUUUUGCUCAGCCAAAUGUUGGAACCAAACCACGCGAAAGACGCUAGACCCCGUUGUGCUGCAGCAAGAUAGACGGAACAAACAACAGCUUGUGAUCCCCUGGCGAACCCGAAACGUCCAGCAGAAAGGGUUGGUCCAACAAAAAAAAGGGCAUGGCUCUACAAUUAGCAGUAAAACAGCGGGUGGGGGGAGGGAUAACGUCCGCGCCAAACGUCCUUUUAAAGCAUAUUGGUAGCGCGCAAACCGAUUGGCCUUUCUCAUCGUCCCUCGCGUACAGGUUGCAUCGGUCCUUGUUUUUUACGCGGCGAUGCAGCUUUACUACUAUGAUUGUUGCACAUUUUUGCAAUCAGCACCAAACGGAACGCAUCACCCCUUUCUAAUGCGAGGGAACGUGCGACCAUUUAUUCUGUCUGCCUUGACUUUGCGCUUACCAAAGCUAGGAUAGUUCGAGAAAAGCGUACAAGCGUCGAUUCGAUCGCUUACCCACAACUGAAUCAGCGCUAGCCGAUAUUACCGUUUUGUUAAGGGAAAGGGAUUGUAAGCGUAGGCAAAGAACCACCGAUUUUGGUGCUUGGGUGUAGAGUUUAAGUGUUUCCGUUAAAUUGUUGCCUGCAAUAGAAUCUUGUUUUUCGUUCGCUACCACUGCAGGGUUACUCAGGCCAGCUUAACAUUGUAACACUAUAUUUCAAACAGCCUUAAACGCUUAUUCGACAUCGAACUGCGCCGAAUAAACCUUCCACUGGUGAGUUGGGAACGAUGUACGAUGUCGAAUUAGCGUUUUAUGCUGUUGAUAUGUGCUGUCCCGCAAUGUUGAACUGGCCUGAGAAACCCUGUACUAGCUCUGUUGCACUCCGCGUAAAACGGGCGCAUUGCGCGAAUUUCUUAAGGUGUCGCGAAACAAAACCAAACUCAUCGUAUGGCCCCACACACAGUAACAAUUAGCUUGUUAGGAUAGCAUGUAAGCCCCGCGUGUUGGCGCCGUUAUCUUGUUGUUACCACCACGCCGUCAUCGUCGUUGCAAGUUAAUACUAAUCGAUCGUACACCAAGUCCAAUGUUCAUUGUAUCCGUUACGGGCUUUCUUCAAUCACAAUCAGUGCAAUAGAUUUGGUUCGAAAGACUGGAUUUUUCCGUACCUGCGCCCCGGGUGUAACACAUUCUGGCGUCUAUUGGAUGGCAAUUACUAUAGAUUAAACAAUCACUAUUUUGCUCGUAUUAAGAAUACAACACACACACACAGUGGAAAGGAAAGCUGAAUCUUGUACAAGAAAACUCUUUAAGGCUAGUAUUUUGUGCGAAUGCAGGGAUAAGGAAAGAGCUAAUGUGUUUAUCUGUACUAUCUACUUCUUACAUUAACAAAACGGAUCGUUUUUUUCAGCUCGUAAUAUGUAUUGUAAAACUAUUUUCAAAUUGCUGGGCACCACCAUCGUUGGGUACGUGACGUGACUCACAGAACAUAAUUGUUAUAAAGGAAAAGCCGCGGUGGGAAAAACAAUACUCAAUUUUCAGUGGAUUGUAAGCGAGAAAAGAGGUACCUACAUUUUGUGCGAAAUAUAUAUAUAUACAUUUAAUGUAUUUUCUCAACGGAAA